UAUUUUUAGUGUUUUCAAUUUACUUUUUCAUUUUAACCUUCAUGCAUUGCUCGCCCUCGUCGUCCCUUCCAAGGACGACGACGGAUCUAUCUUCGUAGCCACCCAAAGAACAAAUUUUAUAGAAACAGUUCUGUCAAGCAAAAAAUGUCUUUUCUUGCACCUUGUCAAAUUCUGGAGCUGAAUGUUAUUUCUGCCCAAGAACUGGCACCAGUGGCACGGUGCAUGAAAACAUAUGCAAUAGCCUGGAUUGACCCGGAGUGUAAACUAACGACUCGGGUAGACAAUACGGGCGGAACAAGCCCUACAUGGAACGACAAGUUUGUGUUUCGUCUAGACGAGGAAGCACUCUACGAUGGUACAUCAAUAGUUGUUAUAGAAAUCUACGCAUUGCAUUGGUUCAAAGAUAUUCACGUCGGAACGGUGCAAACGCUGAUCAGCGAUCUUGUGGACCCUUCUUCCGCGAUGAGAUUUGUUACCCUCGAGGUUCUUCGUGCGUCAGGUCGCCCUCACGGCCUCCUAAACAUUGCCGUGGGGCUCAUCGAUAACUCCGGACAAAGCAUGCCUCUUUUGUUUGAAGAAGAUUUGAUGUUUCACAAGAAAAAAAUAAUAUCUUCAAAACCGGCCGGUCUUCGACGGUCCAAAAGUGAUACAAGCUCAAUGGUGGAAUCACCAAGGAAGAAGGUGGCGCAACAACAAACCCGUGUGAGUUCUACUACAAACUCAGGUUUUGAGAAAGAUGACUUCUCAUCUGAUUCUCAAAUGGUUGUGUAUAAACCACAAAAGAAAACGCCAAAUGCCAUGUUGAAGCAAACGAAGCAUAACGUGUAUGGGACACCAAUGAGACCAAAGAACAAGAAUGCAUAUACUACUCCCAAAAGGAAGAAUAUUGAAUAUGGAACACCAAUGAGGUCGAGACCGGUUGUGAUCACAGAGUCUGAUUUGGGUCCUUCAGCGUCAGUGGUCGCCGCUCAAAUUGCAAAGGAGAAGGCUUUGACAGGGAGAGAUGCAGAGAGUACUGUGAUAAGUGUUGGCGCACGGAGCGUUGAGGGUCUUCGUUCUAAGCUAGAAAGGUGGCAAGCGAAUUUACCUGUUGUUUUAGACGUUGGUUCAAGUUAUCAACCAAGUUCUGACUACAAAACAAGUUCUAACUUCAUCCCUAAAUCGAGUUACAAGCCCAACGAAACCGUCCCGCGGAAUCAACAGAUGAUUGUAGCUCCUCCUCAAAAGCAAGGUGGGACGAAAAAGAAAGGAGGUGAUAACGGAUUGUUUUCAUGUUUUGGUAACAUUUGUGGCAUCGAGUGUUCUAUUGUUUGCGGUGGUUCUAGUGGACAAAAAGCAUCAAGAAGAAUAAAAAAUAAGAAAUGAAACUUUCCAAUUCAUAUUCCUCUGAAUAAUGUUUCGCUCCCUGUGUCUAUAUCUCAAGCUUAUCGAUUUUGCAACUUAAUAAUCAAAUCUGUAAUAGGAUGACAGGGACGAAGGAAUUUCAAAGUUACCAAACUUUAUGAUUCACAUUUUUAAAAAAAUAAAUAACUAGGAUACCUGUACUGAUUAUGUUUAUUUUCCUUUGUUUAAUUCUUUUUAACAAAAUAAAAGGAAAACAUUGCUACGAAUAUUGUGAUGAUGCCCAUUAUGAAAAAUGAUAGAUAUAUUUGUUCUCCAAAUUUUACUUAUUCUCCUAGCUAUACUUUCUUUUUAAACUAUUGUACUCAGGUUCAUUACUCAUAGAAUAAGACACAUUUCUGUAUUCUUAUGUUGUUUACUUAUACCUUUGUUAUCAACAUAAGACCUUAGCCGAUGAACAAAAUUCAAAUUUAUAACAAAGUGGAUGAUUGGUUGGACUGUAUCGCUAGAAUUUAGUUCCUAGGAUUAAGUGUGUCUGAUUUAAAUUAUUAUUAUUAUUCUGAUUUAAAUUAUUUCAUAAGACAAUAUAUUGAUAUUUAAAUGCGUU